AUGAAAGUGAGAAGAACUUAUGCUUUAGUUGUAGGAGGGGGACCUACUGGAAUAACAACAAGUUUGUAUUUUCAAAAAUAUGGAAUACCUCAUAUAUUAGUUGAGAAGGAUAAAUGUAUCGAUAAAAUACCCAAAGCACAUUAUUAUAAUAAUCAAACAAUGGAAGUAUGGAGAGGGAUAUCUCAUUUAGAUAAAUGUAUUUCAAAUGAAACAGAAGAUUUAAAAUUAUGGAAAACAUUUCAAUAUGGUUUAAGUAUUAAAAAAGAUCAAAAAAUAUGUUCAUAUGAUAAUUUUUUUAAUAAAUAUAUAUAUAAUAGGGCAAGUCAAAAUGGGUAUACUGAUACAUACUAUGAAGAUAUAAGUCCAUCUAAAGUUGCACAUUUAUCUCAAUAUAAAUUAUUAGGUAUUUUAUACACAUAUUAUUUGAAUUAUAUAAAAUGUGAUAAUAAUAAAAAGAGAGGUUUUUUAAAAAAAAUAAAACUAAAAUUGUCUACACAUAAACUCUUUAAAAACAUUUUUUCAACUUCUGAUUUGUGUAACUUGUCCCAAGAUCAUAAAGAUAAUUCAAACAUAACAGAAAAUGAAAAAUGCUAUAAAAAUUUUUUUGACUAUGAUCCUUCUGAAUUAUUAAUAGGAUAUAAAUUUGUAAAUUUCAUGAAUAUAAAUGAAUUAAAUAAGAUAAAGGAAGGAGGGGAGAAAAUUGAAACAGAACAAAGUUACGAUGAUAAUUGUGAGCAUGAUAAAACAAAUAAACAAAACUUUAUAAUGACAUGUGUUAAAAAUUUAUAUAAUAAUGAAGAAGAAAUAAUUUUUAGUAAUUAUGUUAUUGUUUCUGAAGGAGGGAAAAGCGAAAUUAAAAUGAAAUUAAAUAUAAAUGAUGAAAAUAAAAAAGAUUAUAUGAAAUUUGUAAAUAUACAUUUUAGUUCUAUUUAUUUAAGUAAAUUAGUAAGAUAUAAUCCAUCUAUGUUAUAUUUUAUAUUUAAUAAAUAUAUAGGUGUUUUAGUAUGCCAUAAUUAUAAACAUGGGGAUUUUGUUCUGCAUAUACCAUAUAUAAUACAAAAAGAGUUAGAGAUAUAUAAUAACAAAACUAAAUGUCUGGAUAUAAUAAAUACAUUAGUUGGUUUUCAACUAAAUGAUAUCCAUAUAUAUAAUAUUUACAAGUGGACUAUGCACAGUUCAAUUGCUUCUACAUUUGUUGAUAAAAAAAGUAAAAGAAUUAUCCUUUUAGGUGAUUCUGCUCAUAAAUUACCUCCUUCAGGUGGGUUUGGAUUAAACUUAGGGGUUGGAGAUGCAUUAAAUAUAACAUGGAAAAUUAUUAGAAUUUUUAAAUUUGAAAAAGAUUCAUUUUUUGAAAAUAUUAAAAAUUUAAAUAUUUCUCAAGUAGAAAAAAGUGAUUAUAAAAGUUAUUUAAAAAAUGAGAUAAACAAAAAUAAUGAUUUUUAUAAUUUAUUAGAUAAAUAUAAAAAAGACAAAAUUGAUAAUUACAUUAAUUCAUAUAAUAUAGAAAGAAAAUUAGUAGCAUAUUACACCAUUUUUCAUGCAGUUAAAAAUUAUGAAAAAGGUAAUAAUAUAUCAAGUAUAUUAGGAUAUAAUCAUAGUCUGUUUGCAAAUAUUAUUGAAAAAAUUUCUAAUCAUUUUAUUCAAAAUUCAUUUUUAUUUUAUUCCUUAAUUAAUAAUGUUAAGCUUAUUUUACAUUUUAUUAAUACACUACCAUAUGUGUUUGAGUAUAAGCAAAUAAAAUCGGAAAACUGUUCUAAACAAAGGGGAAAUAUAUUAAACUUGUUAUACCCUGGCAUCGAUGCAUGUUAUUCUUAUAUUAACACUAUGAUCCCUCUUGAUGAAAAAAAGGUAGACAAUUGGAAUAAUGAAGAGGUAGUUAAAAAAAGGGAAGCAUAUGAAAAUUUUGAUAAUAGUGAUGUUUUAGAAAAAGUGCAAAAAAAAGAGGCCCCAAACAUGCAUAGAGAAGAAAUAGAUCAAUGUAAUUCUCAAAAUGUCAACAAAAUAAAUGACAAUAAUAAAACAAGCGAAGAAAAUUAUGAAAAUUCCAAUGAAAAGGAUACCAUUUUUAAUGUUCUUAAAAAAAGAAAGGAUAAGAUAGGGACAGAAUAUAGCAAGUUUAUUGAUGGUGAAAAUUAUGAUGGCCCUUUUUUAAAUUCUCAAAUUUUUGAAAAAAAAAAAGAUAAUAUACCAAGAUUAAAGGUUUGUGAAAAUAUUUAUGAAUAUAAAAUAAGUAGUGUAAAUGGUGCCAAAAUUCCUCAUUUUAAUCUUUACACAUUUGGAUAUAAUAAUAUAUAUAAAAUAUCAACAAUCGAUUUGCCAUUAUUUAAUAAUCCAUUCCUAUCAUUUUUAGUAAUAGUAUUUGAUAAGAUAUUUUUAAAUAAUUUGAUUGAUGAUAUUUUUUUUCAUAAGAUCGAUAAAGAUAAAUUUUCUUUUUGUUUUUGGGAUUCGGAUGUUAUAGUAUAUCAAAACGAAGAAAAUCAACAGAUCGAAUUUGUAGAAGAAUCGAAUUUUAAAAACUUAGAUAAUAAUAUAUAUGAUAGUAAAAUAAAUAUCAAUAAUAAUUUAUUCUCAAUAAAUAAUAAUGAAGAUAUUUUAGGAAAUAUUUCAAAAGUUAAAUAUAAAGAAAUAUCUCCAAAAGGUUACAAUGUUAAUUAUAUAUUUUCAGCAAAAAUAAUACAAGAAAUGUUUUUAAAUGUCCUUCAAUUAAAAUCAAAAAAUUCUUAUGUAAUUGUCAGACCUGACAAGCAUAUUAUAUCAGCUUCAAGCGAUAACUUAUUAGAUAAGUUAAUCCAAAUAAAUAAGCUGUACAUUUAA